UAAUUAUAUAAUGUGUAUAUAAUAACACAUGUAUUUUAUAUUAUAGAUAGAAGAUAUAUGUCGAAAAGAUAGAAAAAGAUUUUUUAAUCCAAUCGAUGACGUGUGUCGAGAAACAAUAUGCCAGAAUUUACAAAUAGAAAAAAGAAAAACUAUGUGGCUUUUUCAUAAAAAAUGUUUACAUGAACCAAAGACUACAAUAAGAAUAAUUUCAAAAAAUGAAGAUUUUUUUUUUGGAUUAUCUUUAUACUUAAGUGGUGAGGAAGACCAUGGGAAAUAUUUAAAAGAAAAAUUGGGAUUCACAUCAAGAGAUGCUGAUGAGUUCAAUUACCAGGAAAUUGCUAAAAAAUUGAAAAUAUCUAUUUAUGUUUAUAUGAAAAAAGAUUGGUAUUUCUAUAGCAAAAUAGAACUAGGAAAUGAUCCCGAUGAAAAUGAAAAAUGCUUAUAUUUCUACUUUGAUGAUUCAGUCGGAAAAUAUGAAAUUGUAACUGACGUAUUUACUUGUCAACCUAAGGUUAAGGAUUAUAUAACUUUUGAUUAGAAAACAUAUUUUGGAAUCUUGUUUUUAUGAUAUUAUACUCACUCUUCUCAAUUAAGAAUAAGUAUUAGUGAAUAAAAGUGAAAAAAUGUACACUAGUUAAUUACAAAUCAUUGUAAUUGAUGUUACAUAAAUAUAAAAUUCUUAUUAAUUAUUGUACUUAAAAAUAAACAUUGUAAAAUAUAUUGUUCUAAAUUAAAAUUAAUGAUUUCAUUUUA